GCGCUGUAACAGAAAACAAACUCCGCUCCAUUUAUUCCGCGAAACUAGUCUGACAGCAUUUGCCAGGAAUAACUAAGAAUAGUCUCAAUUUUACAACACAGUCGAUCGAUUCCCGACGAAGCAAACGGCAGCGAAGAAUUUAUGACACGAGUGUUCUAACAACACAUGGAUACGUUGAACCGCCAGUUUAAAUUGAUAAGUAUUCUGUACCCUCAUGCUGUCGGUACCGUUACGUCGAAAAAAAGAUAUAUAUCAACGGUGUAAAAUGAGUACCCACAUACGUACAGUAACGUUACAGUAUGCAUGCGCUUAUAAUAAAUCGCUUUGUCCAGUCUGUUCCUGCCAAGCUGAAAGUGUGGCAGUUUCAACAACAUCAGUAUAAAGUAUCAGCUCAGGGAAAUCUAACAAGUGGCAUCUCUCAAAGAAUCUCAAUAUGCAUCCCGCGAUAUUGGACGCAGCGGGUUACACGUUAUUGUUAUCCGGUUUCAUCACGCUUGCGACGUUACUGCGAGAAGGAUGUAAGCACAAGAAGAGAUCGCCGUUUUACAUUCUAUCGACGUCCGACGUGUUCAGUUCCAUAGUAACAGCUAUUGUACUGCUCGUGAGUCACAUCGAAGCCGGGACGGCGAAGCAGGACGACAAGAAGCCGGCCAGUCUUCUCGUCACCAGUCAUUGGCUCGUGCCGUUCCUCGUCACAGCGAUUCUGUGUUUCGCUGGAUACGACGACAUGAACACUGUCCGACGUACGGAGGAAACCGAAUGCAUAUUCGAGAGUAAUUUCCCAGUGAGCUUUCACGUGUUCUCUGAUGCUGAGGAGAUCGUCGGCUCCGGCGUACACGCGACAUCACUGGGAAAUUAUUACUUCAUUGAUGAAAAAGCGUCGAAUAAAUUAAACGUCAGCAGCGUGGAAGUGAAUGAGAUAAUAUCUAAAGUACAGAAUAUCGUCAAGAAUGCGCUGAGCUACAUACGCAAUUCUACGGAGAAUACAAAAGCCACGAAUCUUCUCGAUGUCUCCAGAUUGCGGAAUAUGACGGAUUACGUUGUGACAAAUAAUACAAGCAUCGAAAGUGUUACGGGUAUCGAUAAGGCAGAAGGAGCUCAAACUACAAACGAUACAGUGAAGCGAAUCGCGAGUGUCUACAAUCUAUCGUCGCAGGUAGAUAAUCACACUUAUUUCAAUGAAGAUCCAGAGAUAUUACUGUUUCACGACUUGCUGAAGAAUGCGUCAGAGGAAUCAAACUGGACUACACCGAACAGCUCCGAUAACAUAAUACUAACGUCAAUCCAGAAUAAGAAUGACAGCUACGAAGAGGACACGCAGACAUAUUUCGCAAAAGCGGAAGGAGACACGACUCCGAGUACUGCGAACAUCUCCAUCACGCAAAAUCCAACAUUCCUCUCCGACAAUCAAAUAUAUGCCGACAUACUGAAACGUAUUCAUGCUGCCAGCGUAUACACCGCGCUGAAACACCAUCGUAAUCACUCGGUAGGUCGAUUCGGCAGUAAGCAGCCUAAGCAAAACAAUUUGGAGAGCAUUAUCGCGAGGAUAAAGCCUAACUCGAUAGCAGACUUAUCUAAAUACGAUCAUUUUGAUCACGAUCUUGACACUGGGACAAGCAGUUCGCCUCACAUGAUCAACGAGUGCUUCGUUUCGAAUAAAUUUCUAAAAUUGCACUUGUUCGUAUUGUCCUUCGCGAUAUACUUCCUGCCGAUUCUGCUCUGUUGCAUUCUACAAGUGCGAGGGGAGCACGCGUGUGAGAAUACGCUUGCGAUGUUAAAAGCAAAGGUCGAUCUCAUGUCUAUUCUGCUUCACGGUAACACCGACGACGAUGAUAACGUAGUUAUUGUUAAGGAGGGUACUCGUACGGAAUGGUUCUCCACUAGCAGUGGAAGCACUAGUCGCCAAAAUUCAACCAGUGGUUUCAACAAAUCAUUAGAGACAACAGACAAUCACGGUAGCAGAACAGAUAUAGGAACAACAGGUAAAAAUCACGAGAGCUGUGUGGAAGCACAGAACAGAGAUAUGCUUUUAGAAGUAAAUUGCAUUACACGAAUAUGUAGAGUUGUCAAAAUAUUAUUGAUAUUAUGCGUGCUUCUCUGGUCACCAAUAUUCUUGGGAACUCUACUGAGAGUGUUUUCAUGCAUCCAUGCACCCCAAUGGUUAACCAACACUACAUUCUUGAGUGCAAUUUCUUUUGGCACUAUAAGGAAUAUUCUGAAUAUAUACAUAAUAAAAAUCCAAAAACUUUGUAGCAAUGAUAAUACAAAAGAGAACAGAAUAUAUCCAGCUAAAUAAAAAAAAAUAUAUAUACAUAUAUAUUAUUUAAUACAUAAAGUAAUGGUAUCAAUUGCAAAUAAUGAAGUUUGCUUAAAAUUAAAAUUUCGUAUUUAAUGAAUAUAAGUAAUACUUGUGAUAUCCAAAAGCUUUUUAAUGCAAAAUAUUCUUAAUAUAUACAUAUAAUAUAAAUCCAAGAGCUCCAUAGCAACAACAAUGCGAAAGAAAACAGGAUACUUAAGUAAAUUAUGUGCAUUUAAUGCAGUAAUAAUGUCAAUUGCAAAUAAUCAAGUUUGUUUAAAAUUGUAAUUUGUAAUUUCAUAUUCUAUACAAAUAUAAAUAAUACUUAAUGACAUUCAAAAGUUACUUUUUUAAAUGCACAAGAUAUCUUUAAUAUACAUAUAGUACAAAUCCAAGAGCUUUUCAUAGUAACGAUAAUGCAAAAGAGAACAGAAUAUAUCCAGUUGAGUAAGAUAUAUGCACUAUUUAAUCCAAUAAUGAUAAUAUCAAUUAUAAGUAAUUAAGUUCAAUUAAAAUUAGGAUUUUAUAUUCCAUACACAAAUAUAUAAAUAAUACUUGCGUGUU